AUGGCUGCGGCAACUUCAUUUAUAAGGACGCUAGAGCUUGGUGGAAAGGGCUAUGCUCCAUCGGAAUCUGAUCCAUUAAGAAAACACGUGAAGGGUCUUUCUCUGUUUGUUCGUUUUAUUGACAAGCUAAAUGAAGUUCUUGGGGAAACGCACAAUGCAAGAACUGCAGCAGAACUGCUCUUGUCAGCAAUAAAGAUGCAUCUUAUAAAAGGAAGAGGCAGCGGGGAUCUGUUUAGUGAAGCUGUGAUGGAAGUUGCACAGGAUUUGGAUCUGAGGAUUAAAAAUCUUAUUCUAUCUAGUGAAGUGAAGAAUGAGAGCUCCACAGGAAUCAGUCCCGCACGGCCUAGAAUUCAUGCAAUCAACCGUGGCACAGCGUUUUGUGGUAGGGAAACAAUCAAAACAUUGCUAAUGCUUUUGGAUGAAGAAGCUGCCAAUCCACCCAACAAAAACAAAGCAGAAUUAUUAUAUGCUGAUGAAGACGCCACCAUCUUUGGAUCAAUUUCUGUUUUAUUCCUUUUUAGGACUCCUGAACAGUAUGGUGGAUCUUCUCCCAAAUCUCUUUUCCAGCGGGCCCAGAAAUGCAGUAACAAAGACAAACCUAAGCUGAAGCAGAACUUAAUAAAAUCUCAGUUUUCCUGUACUUACAAAGAGACCUCAGCAAGUCAGCUCAAGCCAUGUGAUUUUCCUAGUAUGAGCCAAGUUCCAACUUGCAUACAUCCAGCACCCAAAAUUGUUCCAGUACUUUGCUUUGAUGAAGAACCAAUAGGUGAUAUAAGCAAGAAAAAAACAGCUUUACGGACAAAUUCCAGCAAUAUUGACUCAAAAGAUGUGAAGGGAAAAUCCAGUAAAGAGUCCAUUCAAAAGCGCUCAAAGAGAAAGCAAGUGGAUACUGAUGAGAACCAAGACUACCAUAAGGAUGAACCACCACAAAAGAAACUUGUUGCUGGAUCAACAAAAACAAAGGAAAAGGCAGCCCCUAUUAAAACUAGCAGUAAAGCUGUAGCCAAGAACAAGCUAAUUGUAGGACAAGCCAAGUUAACUAGCUUUUUCCGGGUGUAGAUUUUGUAUAGUUGAAAUGCUGUGUGUACC